AAAAACAAAAUGGCGUUUGAAGGAGAAGACGUUGUUUAUUACAGUUGUGUGUUCUUAUUCAGUACGUACAUGUACACAUUUAUGUUGUUUGAUAGCGUAAACAUAUUUUAUAAUUGUUUGUAUUCGGAUACAUUAGUCUGAGCGCCUCGUAUUACCUUAGCUUAGCUUGCUAGUUAGCUUAGCAUGUUAGCCGCUAACAAAGAGAGGCGGAAGUGAUGAAAACACAUCGCUAAGCAGAGAUCAAGUGUGAGUGUAAAGUGUUGUGAUUGUGUGAAAAUGUGCGAAAGAACGACAGCAGAGUACGAGGAGGAACUUUGUCCAACAAAAGAGGAGAAGGAGCGACAACAUCAACUACUGGACGCUGUUUUCAAGAAACAUCAAGUUGUGUUACACAGAACAGACGUCCAGCAGCCCCCCCACAUUAAAGAGGAAGAGGAGGAAGUGUGGAUCACUCAGGAGGAAGAGUGUCUUCUAGGGCAGGAGGAGGCUGAUCUCACCAAGUUUGCACUGACUGUUGUCUCUGUGAAGACUGAAGACCAUGAAGACAAACCACCUGAGUCCUCACAGCUUCAUCACAGUCCAAGUGUCUGUCAGGAACAUCAUCUCCCUGAGCAACAGGAGUGGAGCUUCAAGAUGGAGCAGGAGGAGCCACAGCCCCUCUAUGUUAAAGAGGAAGACGAGGCGCCACAGACACCUCACAUUAAAAUGGAAGAGGAGGAACGCAGCAUCAGUCAGGAGGGAGAGCAUCUUGAAUGGUUGGAGGAGUUCCCAGUGAUUGGUGUCCCUGUGAAGAGUGAAGGUGAUGAGGUCAAAGGUGAAAGUGAGGAGAAGAGAGAGGCGGAGCCUCCAAGCAGCAGCUCAACUCAACACAUGACAACAGAAGCUGAUGGAGACCACUGUGGAGGAUCACAAGCAGACAAGCUCUUAGCUCCACUAUCAGAUAGUGAGGACACAACGUCACACUCUCCUGACACUGAUGAUGAAGACUCUAAAGAUGAUAAGACAUGUCACACUGACAACACACACUUCACGUGUUCUCACUGCGACAAAACUUUUAGUUACCGUUCUUGUCUGAAAACCCACAUGAGAGCGCACACCGGAGAAAAACCGUAUUCCUGCUCAGAAUGUGGUAAAUGUUUUGCACGGAAACAUGUGUUGAAAGAACACACGCAAAUACACACCGGAGAAAAACCUUUUUCCUGCCUGGUAUGUGGUAAAAGUUUUGUACAAAGGCACAAUUUGAAAGUACACAUGAGAAUACACACCGGAGAAAACCUUUUUACCUGUUCAGUCUGUGGUAAAGACUUUGUGCAAAGACAGUAUUUAAAAGUACACAUGAGAAUGCACACCGGAGAAAAACCUUUUCCGUGUUCAAUCUGUGGUAAAGGUUUUGUAACGAGUCAAAAUUUGAAAGUGCACAUGAGGAUACACACCGGUGAAAAACCAUAUUCCUGUUCAAACUGCAACAGAGGCUUUUGUGACCGGUCAACACUUGUCAGACACAUGAGAACACACACUGGAGAGAAAGUGUUGAGUUGCGAUCUUUGUGGUGAAAGAUUCUCCUAUAAGUACCAGUGUAAGAAACACAAGUGUGCUGGUGAGAACAGCAGCAGCAAAUGAAUCUGCGGGAUUUUAAAUUAACUGUAAAAAUAAAUAAAAAAUAUAUAUAUUUAUAUAACUUUGACUUUUCAUCGACAUCA